CAACGCAAAGCCUGGCCCUUGGGCGCCAACUCCAUCCACAACCUGCCCGCCGUCCGACAUGCCUCUUUCGCGCGAGUCCUCCCCAAGUUGGCUCUCAAAUUGGUUCGUCUGCCGGCCAUGUUCGGCGCGGCGAUGAUUGGAGGGGUGGCAUAUCUACAGUAUCAAGCGGCGCAGGCGGGGACGUACGCGAUGGAUGUGCUGGGUAGGGCGAAGGACUCUACGUUGGGAGCGGCGAAUGGAUUGUUUGAAGGGGUGGGAGGUGUGUUUGCGCAGAUGAGUAAUGGGUUGGAGAAGACGAAGGAUGAGGCGAAGGGGAUACAGAUGCCGCAGUGGAUGAGGGAUAUUUAUGAGGGAAGAGCUGGGCAGGAGGGAGGGGAGGGUGGAGGAGGUGAAGAGGGGCCGAACGAGCCGCAGAAGAGUAAUAUGGGUGCUGUUGGUGCGGGCGCUGCGACGGCUGGCGCUUUGGCAUUGAAUGCGGAUGGCGAGGAUGACGAUCGUGGUGCGGGUGAAGCGGCACGGGACGACCAGAUGAUGAUGCUUACGAGGAAGAUGAUUGAGAUCAGGUCGUUGUUGCAGACGAUUGGUCAGUCAGAGUCGUUGACAUUACCUUCGAUCGUCGUGGUGGGAUCGCAGUCUUCAGGAAAGAGUUCGGUUCUGGAGGCGAUUGUCGGACACGAGUUUCUCCCCAAAGGAUCAAACAUGGUCACUCGACGGCCUAUCGAGCUGACGUUGGUCAACACACCGAAAGCCACUGCGGAGUAUGGAGAAUUCUCAGCGUUGGGCUUGGGAAAGGUCACAGACUUCACACAAAUCCAGCGGACACUCACAGAUCUCAACUUGGCCGUACCGGAGAAGGACUGUGUUUCGGAUGAUCCAAUUCAGCUUCGGAUUUACUCCCCAAAUGUGCCCGAUCUAUCACUAAUUGACCUACCCGGAUACAUCCAAGUGGAGGCCUUUGAUCAACCGACAGAGCUGAAAAUGAAGAUUCAAGAGCUAUGCGACAAAUACAUCCAAGCACCCAAUGUCAUCCUGGCCAUCUCAGCAGCCGACGUAGAUCUCGCAAACUCCACAGCAUUGCGAGCGUCUCGCAGAGUCGAUCCACGAGGUGAACGUACCAUCGGUGUAGUAACCAAGAUGGACCUCGUAGAUCCAAUCCGCGGCGCACAGAUCCUCUCGGACAAGAACUACCCACUUCGACUUGGAUAUGUUGGUGUCGUCUGCAAAGUGCCCUCAGAGUCAAGAUCACUCUUCUCAAGAGGAUCUGCAAGCAUCACCAGCCUGAUCACGAAGAAUGAAAAGGCCUUCUUCGGCGCACAUCCCGAGACAUUCGGGCCAGACUCAAAAGCCAACGUCACAGUCGGCACGCCUGCCCUCCGCAAGAAGCUGAUGCACGUCCUCGAGGCCACCAUGUCUGCAUCCCUCAAAACCACCAGCGAAGCCAUCCACCACGAACUCGCGGAAGCUUCAUACGAGUUCAAAGUUCAAUACAACGAACGCCCCCUCUCCGCCGAGAGCUACCUCGCCGAGUCCCUCGACACCUUCAAACACGGCUUCAAAAAAGUCAGCGAAUCCUUUGGCCGCAAAGAAGUCCGCGAGAUCGUGAAAAAGGAACUUGACCAACAAGUCCUCAACCUCCUCGCCCAACGCUACUGGAACCGUCCCAUCGAAGACCUCCGCCCCCUCGACCCCACCUCCGAAUCCGUCCGCGAACCCCUCUCCCAACUCCCCAAAGCCGACCCCGAAAACCCCCUCUGGCACCUCAAACUCGACGCCUCCACCUCGACCCUCACCAAACUCGGCAUUGGCCGUCUCGCCGCGAGCUGCACCGCGCAAGCCCUGCACUCCACCGUCACCUCCCUCAUCGCCACCACACCGUUCGCCAACCACCCCUUCGCCAUCGACGCCAUCACCCAAGCUUCCGAAAACAUCCUCCGCGACCUCUCCUACGACACCGCCGACGAACUUGAAAUCUGCGUCAAACCGUACAAAUACCGCGUCGACGUCUCCGCCGAGGAAUGGAAAGCCGCGAGGGAUAACAUCUCCCGCGUCCUCACUUCCGAAUUGAAAGCCUGCGACGAAGCCAACAAAGCCAUCGAAGACCAACUCGGCGGCCGCCGCAAAGCCGCCGACGUCCUCUCCUUCAUCGACCGCGUUCGCUCCGGCCAAAUCGUCCUCGACAACCAAGCCCUCCACGGCGGCGCGGGAGGUUUCUCCUCCGCCCUCCUCUCCAAAGGCCGAGAGGCGCUCUUCCUCCGCGAUCGCGCCGACAUUCUCCGUCUCCGUCUCGCAGCCAUCAAGUCCCGCCAAUGCGCCUCCCCCCUCGACCGCUCCGGUAAACCAACGAAAAUCUACUGUCCCGAAAUUUUCCUCGACGCGGUCGCGGAUAAGUUGACGAAUACGGCGGAUCUCUUUCUGGACGCGGAAUUGUUGAGUAAAUUUUAUUGGCAAUUUCCGAGGGUGUUGGAGAAGUGGGGCAGGGAAUUGGAUGAGGGGACGGUGGAGAGGUUCGCGAGGGAGGAUGGGAAGGUUCGGAGGCAUUUGGAUGUUGUUAGGAGGAAGGAGGGGUUGGAGAGGGUUUUGAGGGAGAUGGAGGGGUUGAGGGAGUUGGAGGGGAGGGAGAGGAGGGGUGGGGAAAGGGGGGAGAAGAGGGAGGGGAGGGAGGGGAGGAGGGGGUGG